AUAGAUCCGGUUCUGUGCUGGUUCUGUGCUGGUUCUGUCCUGGUUCUGUGCUGUUUCUGUGCUGGUUCUGUACUUCUGUGAUCAGUAUUCUGGUCCAACCCCGGAGCUGUUGUCUCCGUCAGGCCGACUGUGCUGGAAACAUCGGCCCAAACGUUUCCUCUUUGCAGUCAUGACGGUGCAGCUGUGGUGCCUGUCGUUCCGGCAGCCCUACGCUGGUCUGGUUCUGGACGGUGUGAAGACGGUGGAGAGCCGCUGGCGGCCCCUGCUGGCCCCUCUGCAGAACCACACCCUGGCGGUCCACAUCGCUUGGCGGGACUGGGAGGGGGACGAGUGGAGGACGGUGCUGAGCGGCGUCCUGGGGCUGGACGGAGCUCAGAUCCAGGCCUUGGUGGACUCGGGGGAGCGGUUUGGACGCGGCGUGGUGGCAGGUGAGAGACUGGACUGGGUUUGGAGUUUGAGGCGUGGGGAAGACGUCACCCGUCUGUCCUUUCUUGCAGGUGUGGUGGACGUGGGCGGGACCUGGCACUGCCCUGCCUCCCUGGAGGGGCAGGAGCUCCACGAGCUGCAGAGGUCGGCUGUUCUAACGGGUCUGAAGGACAAACACCUGACUCAGCUGUCCAACCCACGCUGGUUGAGCGCGCCGCUGAGCUGCCGGGGGAGUCGGGACCUGUGGACCGUGGACAUCCCUGCUGAGCUGUUACCGUGACAACACAUGGUCUCUCCACUCUAAUGUGGGUGGGUUAGAAAAACUAAAUCAUUUACCUUCUGGGAGUCCAGCAGAGCCCCGUGACCCUGCACAGGACAAACCGGGGAUAGGAGUUGAUGGAUUUGACCUACGUUUAUCUGGGACAUCAGGACCACGGAGAGGUCUCCACAGGAGACAGGACUCUGGCAGGUCACGGGACCGUCUCCGGGACAUUGGGGGUCUUUCAGGGACCCAGAAUCAGCCAACAUUCUUCAUGAAACUACCAACAGGUCUCGCUGUGAACGGGACCCGGUUUCAGUCUUGUGAAUAAAAUAUGGUUUUAUAAGAAUUAAAAUUCAUGGUGUUUAUUUUCAUUUGACACUCGUGUCCCGCCGUCUCGGUCGUAGAGCCUUGGAGCCCGUGGAGGGUACAAGCUCGUCAGACCCUUCAUCACGAUGCUGGUCUUCUAGCAGAACAGGAUGUUUGUAGAUCUAAAGCUGCAAUUCCAGCUGCGCUAGAAACCCGCUGACCCGGACGCCUCUGAAACACUUCACACUUGCAAAAAAAAACCUUCCAGAUGACCAAGACCAGAGCUUUGUCCACACCUCAACUCUGUAUUUGAGCGUACUGCCAUAAAACGCGUCAUCAGGUGACAGAACCAACUAUAACGUAACUGGCUUUUAUCCACCAACAUGUCCCUCUGGAUCUAAAGAGGGAUUUAAAUGACUUCUGGUUAUGGCGAGGAACUAGGUAGACGCAACCAUAGACAUAUAUACGUAGACCCCAUCGAG